AUGGUUUCUGGCGGUUCGGGGUCCUCCUCAACACCAUGUGAGGCAGAUUUAAAGCUCAAAAGUUCCAGUAACUCAUCUGAGAUAGUUUGGUCUGGCUCCCAUCCAUCAGAAAUAGCGACGACGGCGCUUGAUACUGUGGCAGAGCACGGCACUUGA